AUGUCUAGAAUUCAGUACGCUCCUAGAUCUCCCUUACAGCUCGCCGGUUCAUUCACGAAGCCCUGGAUUGGGACGUUAGGAAUAUGGGGUGCUGGGGCAGGGACAGCUGUACUACUGUUCCUUUCUGUAACGCCUCUUGUCCGACGUGAACUGCUCGUCAAAGUUCCUUUGCUGGGCAGCUACUAUGAAGACAAGGUACCUGCUUCGGAUAAACCCUUUUAAACCGACAACUCCCAUGUCCAAUGCUGUGAUUCGAUCGGCCACAGACUUGAAUUUGUUUCCGUAUCGGCCAAGUUUUAACCAGAUGGGCAUGUAAUACGGCAUAGAAUACCAACCGUUUUCGAGAGGUCCUGCAUAUGUUCAAAUUGAUAUCAGCUACCUAUCAUUAGGACCCGUGGUCUUGCCGUAUAGAAAUUAGGCGUCCAAAGGGUUACCACUU